AUGGAGUCUAUUAAACAAUUAAACAUUGAUAAUAGAUCCUAUGAUCUGAUUGUUGACUUAGGCUGCGGUGACGGCGGUAUUACCAAACAUUUGUUUGGCAAACAUAUCCGGUAUAAACUGUUGGUCGGCAUUGAUGUCGUACCCGAAAUGAUAAGCUAUGCCCGCCGUCAUAAUACUGCUGAUACUAUUGAAUAUGUGGAGCAAGACAUGAGUAUCGGUUGGCCAGAGAUUAGUAGCCAACGGAUCAGGCAAUUGGACGGUACGGUCGAUCUAAUUGUAUCUAACUUUGCCCUACACUAUAUGCCCGAUAAGUGGCAAGUGAUGAACACUUGUAGUCGCUUACUGUCCUCCUCCUCCUCCUCCACCACCACUACGGGCGGUAUAUUUCAUGCAAAUAUCGUUAUUCUGGCCGAUCUUAACAAAAAACUGGUUACAACUAAUACCCCGAAACAAUGGUAUCCGACAAUUGAUAAACAAAUCGCUGAUUGGAAACAAUCAAUAAUUGAUAAUCAAUUAGAUAUUAAACAACUAAUGACUAUUGAUUACGAUUGGACUAUAGAUAGGCAAAUAACGAUUGACUUUAUGCCAGUAAUCCAAUCAAACUAUCGGUCAUUUUUCAAAAAUCAAUCGGACUUUGAGGCCGAACUCAAUGACCACUUAUCGGAUACAGUGUUCGAUGCAUUUGUUAACCCGACGGCUCCGGACCCGAACCCCAAGAGUAACGGCUGUUAA